GGCCGUGCGAACACGCGAGGAAGGGGACAGCCUCGACCCUCGCCCGGCUGCACCAGCGGUAUCUACCUUCGGGCUGGUACUUUCCCACCCCAACGUGACGCUCGCCCCGCCUCUAGGAUCAGAAUCUCAAAGCCUUUCUACAUCUUCCCCCCUUUCUGCUGGGCUUUGGUAUGCCCCAGGGGACAGAUGUCUUGGGAUCUUUAACAUUUGGGAUGCUGCAAAUGCUGAAGUUAAAUGAAAUACCUCCGGGGAGGGGAGGCCCCGGGGAACCUCGGGGAGAGGGAAGAUGGGCUGGACCAACAGGUCCUGAAGCUGCUUGGCGGGCGCGGGGGGCGCGGGAGCAGGAGCGGGGCGCCAGAGCUCGGUGGGACAGCUGGGGGAACUCCAGGCUACCUACACAUUCUGGCCCAGGCUGGGACUGGCACAGCCCCUCCCUCCUCUGUGCCCCCUCUUCCCAGAGACUCAUCAUGGAGAUUAAAGAUGAGGUCAGUGACACUGACAGCGGCAUCAUCCUGCAGUCUGGCCCCGACAGCCCUGUUUCUCCAAUGAAGGAGCUGACCCAUGCCAUGCGCAAGCAGCAGAGGGCCCUGGAAGCCCGACUGGAGGCCUGCCUAGAGGAGCUUCGUAGGCUCUGUCUGAGGGAAGCGGAGCUGACGGGUACUUUGCCAGCAGAGUAUCCCCUUAAGCCAGGUGAGAAGGCCCCCAAGGUCCGCCGCAGGAUUGGUGCAGCAUACAAACUGGAUGAAUGGGCCCUGCACAGAGAGGACCCCUUGAGUGGCCUGGAGCGCCAGUUGGCCCUGCAGCUGCAGAUCACCGAGGCAGCCCGACGACUGUGCGCAGAGGAGAACCUCAGCAGACAAGCACGCCGGCAGCGGAAGCACGCUGCAUUGCAGGAGGAAAAGAAGCUUCGAGAACUGCAACGGUGCCUGGGUGAGCGGCAGCGCAACAGUGAGCCCCCUCCCACCACCGAACCUUCUCUGGGCAGAGAGCUCAGUGCCUCUGAUGACAGCUCCCUAUCUGAUGGGCUACUCUUGGAGGAAGAAGACUCCCAAGUACCAAAACCUCCUCCAGAGUCCCCAGCCCCACCUUCCCGGCCUCUUCCACCCCAGAGUCUUGAGGGGCUACAACCAGCAGCACCUGAGCCUGGGAGCUUAGAGCGGGCCCCGAUCCAAAACAGUCCAUGGAAAGAGACCAGCCUUGACCACCCCUAUGAGAAGCCUAGGAAGUCUUCUGAGCCCAAUAGCGAGUCCAGCAGUCCGGCCACCACUCCACAGGACCGGCCCAGUGCCUCCAGCCUGUGGCUGCUGGAUCCUGCCUCCUAUCAUGUGGUCCCCAUGCGAAAUGUUCCUGGCCAGCGGCAGGGCCGCACCAGUGCCCCAGCCACCCCCGAGAUGCAAGGCAGGAGGGGCCAGUCACAGUCUCUGAGGGUGGACUCCUUCCGAGCCGGUGCUGAGACUCGAGGUCGCAGUGCCUUUCCCCGCCGCCGACCCACUCACUACACGGUGACAGUGCCGGACUCAUGCUUUGCACCCAGCAAGCCCCCGCUGCCGCAUCCUGCCUGCCACUCCUGCUCGGAAGACAGCGGCUCUGACGUCUCCAGCAUCUCCCACCCCACCUCGCCUGGCAGCAGCAGCCCUGACAUCUCUUUUCUGCGGCCCCUCUGUCCUCCUGAGCCACCUCGCCACCAGGGCGCCUGGGGCCCGGCCUACGGCAGAGAGCUGACUGCCCACUACCCCAAGUUGCUGCUGCCUCCAGGGUACUUCCCAACUGGGCGCUGUGUGAUGGUGGCCGAGAGCCACCUACCACCGGGCGAGUGGGAGCUGUGCCGCACCGCCCUGGGUGCCGCCCUGGAGGAGAGCGCACCCCUGCGCUACCAGCGGCUGGUGCCAUCGCACAGCCGCAUUGUGCGGACACCUUCGCUGAAGGACAACCCUGCGGGCCGGGGGCUCAGCAAAGCAGCGGUCUCCGAGGAGCUCAAGUGGUGGCACGAGCGGGCACGCCUCCGGAGCAGCCGCCCGCACUCGCUCGACCGCCAAGGGGCUUUCCGAGUCAGGAGCCUGCCUCUCGGGAGAGAGAGCUUCGGGCGAGCCCCGGUACCCCGGACACAGGUGCCCACAGUGUGUGUACUCCGGAGAUCACCAGAGGGGGCCCCUGUGCAAGUCUUCGUGCCUGAGAAUGGAGAGAUCAUCAGUCAAGUGUAACUCUAUUCUGAAAGCCUUGACCAAUGCUGAAAAAGACUGUUUCAUAUUGGGGCUGGGGCUGAGACCCCUUCACCCUUGAGUGCCUCUUUUGGUUCCCCCACUCCCAUCGCAGGCCGAUGACCUGGAGCUGAAACCUUUCUUUGUUUUUUACACAAGUGUUUUUGAGAAACCCGGAUCUGAGGGUUUAUAUCUGUGAUUUGUCCUCAAAGUCCCUGUAAUACGAUUAUACUUCAUCCCCCAGUCUGGCCUCUUAGACUUAAGGCCUUGCUGGGCUGAUUGACAGCCUUUGUCUCCUGUAAGACAAGUGAUAAAGAGGGCCAACUUGGGAUUCCUCAAACCCUCUAUGCUUUGUAUCUGAGAUAGAACAGUUCCUGGUCCUUAUUGCUAGAGGCUGGCGGUGGGACACACUGGUGCAUAGGACCCUCCCCCAUUUCCCAGAUGUCUGGGUACCAAACGCUAGGUGAGACUCUUCCCCCUUUAUGUGCUCUGUGAUGCACACCCAGUGGUAGUGAAAGGUCAGUAUAUCCUGGUGGAGUUUGCCUGCCAUUUUCCUGAUUCCAUAAAUCUUUAGCAACCCCAGUCACUCUUAUGUCUUCAUAUCGCGGGGCUCCCAGACCUCUGAGCUUGGAGUUUGGGGCCACAUUAGAUUGUCGCAUCAGGGAUCUGGGGUGGGGGUAACUCACCCUUUGACAACUACUACUGAGCAUUGUGAGGGCUAGACAUUUCACUACUCCCUCUAAAAUCUUUCCAUCACAUACCUAGAAACCAGUACCUUGCAAAUAUUUUAAAGUACCACUUUUGUGGCAUAUUUAGGUGUGGGGAGGCAGUUACUGCUUUCUUCUACCCAGCCAGCUUCCUUGCUGAGAAAGCCCUUAUUUAUUCACAUUCAAAAGGUCAUUGCAGAACCCUCAUGUGAUGCUGGAUUGCCUUAGAGGGCACGAAUGAAGUGUCCCAGCUCCUGAGACGACGCAAGCCAUAAAGCUGCCUCUGCUAAAACCACUUGUGUAUUCUAGUUUCUGGUGCUUUGCUGCCAGGUCAGAUGCCCAAGUAGUUUUCUUCCCUAGGAGCAACUAGAAAGGUAGGGACAGCUAUAUUCUGAUUUUACCUGGGCAGACUCUUCAGCUUCUCUGGACUGGAAGAACAUUGAUGCCUGACUCCAAUGGUGUAUUUCUCCUGCUUAGGAGAAAAGCGGAGUGCCCAUUGCACUGAGGGACCGGAAGGAGAAGUGUCAGGAAUUGGGGAGGCUAGGAGAGUUUGAGGGCCUGCACAGGGCAUUUCUUUCACUGUGGUCUUACCACACCCUGCAGUAGUAGUCCCCACUUUCUGCAUUGUGUUUGAAUGUCAUACUUUGGUUUGUCUGGUUUCUGAGUCCCCUUACCCAGUAUAUAGCUGCCCACCUCCCAGUGCCUUCCCAGGGACACUAAGCAGCUGUCAUAGAGCUGGGAGACUUCUGAGUCCUGCUUCCUCCCCACACCUGAGCAUCCUUCACAUUAACUUAUUGGUCCUUCCUAACAGCUGUUUGGGGCAGUUGCAUAGUGGUGGUGCCCUUAGCUGCCGUGCUGGAACCCUGGAUCUUUGUGCCAAAUACUUCAAUAAAGUCUGAUUGGCCCAGCUGA